AUGAAAAAUGUGUUACUUCAAAUUUUGUGCUCUGAUGGCAAACAUUCUAGGAAGGAUGAGCUUCAAAAUCUGGAUGAAGAUGACUUGGUUCAAAAGCUCUGCAAAAAGCUAUUGAAGAAUCGGUAUCUUGUUGUUUUUGAUGAUGUCUGGGACAUUAAGGUAUGGAAUGAGCUGAGAACUGCAUUCCCCAAUGACAAGAAUGGAAGUAGAAUCAUCUUUACGAGUCGAUCUUCUAAUGUAGCUUCACAGGUUCAUUAUGGUGGAGAACCUCACUAUCUUCACCCACUCAGUGAGAAAGAAAGUUCCGAAUUGCUGCUGAAGAAGGUGUUUGGAGAAGAAGAAGAAUGUCCUCAAGCAUUGCAUGGAUUGGGAAUGGAGAUUGCUGAAAAGUGCUGGGGAUUGCCACUUGCACUUGUUGUUGUAGCUGGAGUCCUAGCAACUAAAGAGCAUGAUAUUUUGGUUUGGGAAAAGUUUGCUGAAAGUUUAACUUCAACCAUGGUGUCUGGUACAGACCAGUGCAAGAAGUCGUUGGAGCUCAGUUAUGAGCAUUUACCAUACCACUUGAAGGCAUGCUUGCUGUAUUUUGCUGCAUUUCGAGAAGAUGAAAAAAUUGGUGCCAAGAAGUUGAUGUGUCUAUGGAUUGCAGAAGGAUUUGUGGAAAUAAUUGAAGGAAAGAGAUCAGAGGAUACUGCAGAAGAAUAUCUGAUGGAUCUAAUUGGUCGAAACUUAGUUAUGGUAAGUAAAAGCAGAUCCAUUGGUGGAGUCAAAACUUGUUACAUUCACGAUUUGAUAUUUGAGUUCUGUAAGGGCGAGGCGAAAGAAAAGAAAUUUCUUCAGGUCCUGCGAGGUUAUGAUGAGCUUUCUACCUUUAAUGAGCAUCCCAACCUACCUCGGUUGUCCAUUUGCUCCAGUGGAGAAGAUUUUAUAAAGUCAAGGCUAUUUUGUCCGCAUUUAGCCAGUCUGCUAUUCUUUGAUGCUACUGCUUUUUUGCAUAAGUUUAAGUUGCUUAACAUCUCCUUCCUUUUUUGCAUCUACAAACGUCUUAACGUUCUGAAUUUAGAGGGCAUUAACCUAAGGCUGAACGAGCUUCCAGCUGAAGUGGAAUCACUUCUUCGUUUGAGGUACUUAGCCCUUGAAGCAGAGCGCAUGCGAUUCAUUCCACCAUCUAUAGCCAAGCUCUCACAUUUGGAAACCUUCUGUCUAAAUUCUCACCAGAUAGUUUCAUUGCCAGAUAGCAUCUGGAACAUGAAGAAGUUGAGGCAUGUACAUGCAAAGAUGGGCGUUGUUAUUCGUGUAUCUUCCAACGACAAAGGUGUUGAAAACCUCUCCACUUUACCCAAUUUAGGCACACUCUCUUGUUUGCGUCUUUAUAAAGAGGGAGAGAACUUAUUGAGAAGGAUUCCCAACGUUCGCCGACUUAAUAUUUCCGAUGAACGGACUGGAAAUGGAGUGUUGAACAUGAGUCGACUAGACUGCCUAGAGUCACUCACCUUAGGUUCACGGGAACAUGUUGAGCUUUCCUUUCCCAUGAAUAUGAAGAAGUUGAGUCUUUACAAUGUGGGUCUUCCCUGUAGAAAAAUGUCAUUGGUUGAACAACUACCCUAUCUUGAAGUCCUCGAAUUAAGAAAGCAGUCAAUGGUCGGCCAUAUGUGGGAGCUGAUGGAAAAAGGAUUCCCUAAACUCAGGGUCUUGACGUUGGAAGAAGUAGAGGUGGAGGAGUGGACAGAGGCAGACCCUGACAGUGGUUAUGGUUACUUCCCGCGUCUUCAGCAAUUAAAUCUUCAAAGAAUUUCUAAAUUGGAAAAGACGCCUGCUUGUUUAGGGAGUAUAUCUAAUCUAAAAACAAUUCAGGUGGCGCAUUGCGGAAGUAGAGUCAAAUCUUUAGUACGGGAAAUUGAAGAAGAACAGAAAGAUAAUUAUGGAAAUGAUGUGAAUCUGAAGAUCAUCAUCAUAGAUUGA